AUGGGGGAGCAGGAGUACAAACAGUUCAAUCAGUACAUCAUCGUCAAGGACCUAGGCCGCGGUGUUCACGCGAAAGUCAUGCUCGGCCUGAAUGCCGCCGACAACCUCCUGUAUGCGAUCAAGGCCACGAGCAUCGCAGCUGUCGCCGAGACGGCGGUGAGGAAGGAGAUUGCCGUGCUGAAAAAGCUGAAGCAUCCAAACGUGCUGAAGCUCUUCGAGGUCAUCGAUGAUGCGAAGACCAACGAGCUUCUCUUGGUGCUGGAAUUUGCUAGUGCUGGUCCUAUCUUCACGAGGUACAACAUGGUCCCAGUGAAAGAAAAUAGAUUGCUGUCCUACACCCGAGACAUAAUUCAAGGUCUGGAUUACCUUCACCACGUGGCGGGAAUCGCACACAUGGAUUUGAAACCAGAAAACCUUUUGAAGUCUGGCGAUGGUACGGUGAAGAUCGCUGAUUUUGGGGUUUCUUUCAUCGGAAAGGCGAAUACAAAGAAUUCCAACAAACGGAUUGUCGGAACUCCAGCUUUCAUCGCCCCUGAAAUGCUGGGUGAAGAUGGCUAUGAUCCAUUUGCCGCGGAUAUUUGGUCUCUCGGAGUUUGCAUUUUUCAUAUGGCGACAGCGAGACUGCCCUUCACAGGACGAACAAUUUUCCAGAUCAUCGCCAUGGCAAAGCGGCAGGGCUUGCAAUUUCCUGAAAAGCCAGAUUUAUCAGCAGAGUUGAGAGACUUGCUGACGAUCGUCCUCAAAACGGAGCCUGAAGAACGUGCUUCAUUAGAGGACGUGAUGACUCAUGCUUGG